AUGCCCCUGGGGAUUGACUAUCUCAUGGAAUUCUGGACCAAGGAGGAGAAGAAUCAGAGUAUGGCGGUUGACUUCCUUCUACCCACAGGGAUCUACCUGAGCUUCCCUGUGUCCUGCAAUGCCAACCUCAGCACCAUCAAGCAGAUGCUGUGGCACGAAGCCCAGAAUGAGCCCCUCUUCCACAUGCUCAGUGACCCGAAGGCCUACGUGUUCACCUGUGUCAACCAGACCACAGAGCAACAGGAGCUAGAGGAUGAGCAGCAGCGGCUAUGUGAUAUCCGGUCCUUCCUGCCCAUGCUGCGCCUGGUGACCCAUGAGGGUGACCGCAUGGAGAAGCUCAUCAACUCACAGAUCAGCCUCAUCAUCAGCAAAGGCCUCCAUGAGUUCGACUGCCUCCAAGACCCAGAAGUGAAUGACUUCCGCACUAAGAUGCACCAGUUCAGCGAGGAGGAGGCUGCCUGCCAGCAGCAGCUGGGCUGGGAGGCCUGGCUGCAAUACAGUUUUCCCCUUCAGCUGGAGCCCUCCACCAGGAUCUGUGGGGAUAGCAACACCUCUCAAAUCUCCAACCCAGACCUGCUGGUCAAUGUCAAAUUUGAGGGCAGCAGGCUGGUGGUGCAGGCUGGGCUCUUCCAUGGCAAUGAGAUACUGUGCAAGACGAUGUCCAGCUUGGAGAGCCCUGCCAAUGCUGGCCUAGGCCUGGGGAGCUCACAGCAGGUACACUUGUUGCAGAUUCUAGAGCUGGGUCGUCACAGGGAGCAUGGGCCUACCACCAAAGAGGAGAAGCUGCAGCUGCAGGGAAUCCUGGAGCAGUGGGGGUCGAGAGAGCUGUAUGAACAUGAGAAGGACCUGGUGUGGAAGAUGCGGCAUGAAGUGCAGGAGCACUUCCCAGAGGCUCUGGCCUACCUGCUGCUCGUGACUAAGUGGAACAAGCACGAGGAUGUGGCCGAGAUGCUCUACCUGCUGUGCUCCUGGCCUGAGCUUCUGGUCCUGAAUGCCCUGGAGCUGCUGGACUUCAGCUUCCCUGACUGCCACGUGGGCUUCUUUGCCAUCAGGUCCCUGCGGAAACUGACGGAUGACGAGUUUUUCCAGUGUUUGCUGCAGCUGGUGCAGGUCCUCAAGUACAAGUCCUACCUGGACUUCGAACUGACCCAAUUCUUGUUGGACCGGGCUCUGGCCAACGGAAAGAUUGGCCACUUCCUAUUCUGGCAUCUUCGCUUUGAGAUGCAUGUGCCGUCCGUGGCCUUGCGUUUUGGCCUCAUCAUGGAGGCCUACUUCAGGAGCAGCACCCACCACAUGAAGGUGCUGAUGAAGCAGGCAGAAGCACUGAGCAAGCUGAAGGCCCUGAGUGACUUUGUGAAGGUGAGCUCCCAGAAGACCAUCAAGCCCCAAACUAAGGAGCUGAUGCACUUGUACAUGUGCCAGGACUUCCUAGAAGCCCUUUCAUACUUUCAGUCCCCAUUGGACCCCAGCAUAAUGCUGGCAGAAGUCUGUGUGGAAAGGUGCACCUUCAUGGACUCCAAGAUGAAACCUUUGUGGAUCAUGUAUAGCAGUGAGGAGACAGGCAGUGGUGACAGCGUUGGCAUCAUCUUUAAGAACGGGGAUGACCUCCGCCAGGACAUGCUGACUCUGUAGAUGAUCCAGCUCAUUGACGCCCUGUGGAAGCAGGAGGGCCUGGACCUAAGGAUGACCCCCUACAGCUGCCUACCCACUGGUGACUGCAUGGGCCUCAUUGAGGCAGUGCAGCACUUGGACACCAUUGCCAACAUCUAGCUGAACCAGAGUAACCUGGCUGCCAUGGCUGCCUUCAACAAGGAUGCCCUGCUCAAUUGGCUCAAGUCCAAGAACCCUGGAGAAGCCCUGGAUUGAGCCAUUGAGGAGUUCACCCUCUCCUGUGCCGGCUACUGUGUGGAAAUAUAUGUACUGGGCAUUGGUGACCUGCACAGUGACAACAUCAUAAUCCGUGAGAAUGGUCUGCUAUUUCAUAUUGACUUUGGACACUUUCUGGGGAAUUUCAAGACCAAGUUUGAAAUCAACUGUGAGCGAGUCCCAUUCAUCCUCACCCAUGACUUUGUCCACGUGAUUUAGCAGGGAAAGACUAGUAAUAAUGGGAAGUUUGAAAGGUUUCAAGGCUACUGUGAACAUGCCUACAGCAUUCUGUGGCACUAUGGGCUUCUCUUCCUCCAACUCUUUGCUCUGAUGCAGGCAGCAGGCCUGCAUGAGCUCAGAUCCUCCAAAGACAUACAGUAUUUGAAGGACACUCUGGUGCUGGGGAAGACAGAGGAGGAGGCACUGAAGCACUUCAGGGUGAAGUUCAAUGAAGCCGUGAGGGAGAGCUGGAAGACUAAAGUGAACUGGCUGGCACACAACCUGACCAAAGACAACUGGCAAUAG